GAAGAAGAAGAAGCAGAAGCUAAAGCUAAAGCGGGAGUAAAAGAGAAAACAACGCCAGAGACUUUGAGUCAGUUGCUGUCGGAAACAGCAGAAGGACCAAAAAGUGUAGUUGUAAAUGUGUGAGAAUGUGUGACGUGCAGGAGCUCACGUGUCUGGUCCAGCCGCAACAGGCUGCGGCGGCUCGAGACACAGUGGAACUGUUUGAAAGGACGUUAGCGGCGCACGAGGAGCAGCUGCGGCAGUUAAGAGAGGAGAACGAGCGGCAGAGAAAGCGGCUGGACGCUCUUUUACAGCCUCAAGUUCGACUAGAAAGAGCAGUGUUGCCUCAGCAGCUGCUGGUGAUUAAAGAAGAGGUUCCCCCUGAGCAGCAGGAGCACAGCCCCAGUGUGAAGCAGGAGGAACCAGAGCCCCCCCACAUUAAAGAGGAACAGGAGGAGCUCAAUAUCACCAAGGAUAUCCCAUUCACUCCUGCCCCUGUGAAGAGUGAAGAUGAUGAAGAGAGAGCUCAGUCCUCACAGCUUCAUCAAAGCCAAACUGAGGAGAACAGAGAGGCAGAGCCUCCGGCCAGCAGCUCCACUGAAACAGAAGCUGAUGAAGAAGAUUUACAAGCAAGUAGUGAUGGCCAGCUGCUCUCUUCACACUCCUCUGAACCUGAGACUGAAGACAGUGAAGAUGACUUGGAGGAGACUGGAGAGCCUCAGUCAGGUCAAGUUAGUCAAGUCCUUUUCAGCCAUGACAGAUCUGAGGCUGGAGAGAAGCCAUCUUCCUGCUCCGUGAAGAGAGAGAAACCAUUCAGCUGCUCAGUCUGUGCUAAGAGAUUUACAUGGAAAAGUCAAAUAAACACUCAUAUGGUAGUCCACACAGGAGAGAGACCUUUUAGCUGCUCACUUUGUGGUAAACAUUUUGCACAAAAAUCUGGCUUAAAUACACACAUGAGUGUCCACACAGGAGAGAAACCUUUUAGCUGCUCAAUUUGUGGUAAAUGUUUCACUAAAAAAAAUUACUUAAAGAAACACAUGAGAAUCCACACAGGAGAGAAACCUUUCAGCUGCUCAGUCUGUGCUAAGAGAUUUGUAUGGAAAUGUGAAUUAAACACUCAUAUGGUAGUCCACACAGGAGAGAAACCAUUUUGCUGUUCAGUCUGUGGUAAGAGAUGUACGUAUAAAAGUGACCUAAACAUACACAUGAGAUUCCACACAGGAGAGAAACCACAUAGCUGCUCAAUUUGUGGUAAACAUUUUACAACAAAAUCUGCCUUAAAUACACACAUGAGAGUCCACACAGGAGAGAAACCUUUCAGCUGCUCAAUUUGUGGUAAAAGUUUCAGACAGAAAGGUAAUUUAAAUACACACAUGAGUGUCCACACAGGAGAGAAAACUUAGCUGCUUAAUUUGUGGUAAACAUUUCUCAGAUAAAGGUCACAAAAACACGCACAUGAUUGUCCACUCAGGAGAGAAACCUUUUAGCUGCUACGUUUGUAAUCAAAAUUU